GGUGGGUAUAUAGGUUGGGGUCUAUAGCCUCACCACAACACUGCUAAACACGGGUCCUUCUAGGUUUACGCAAGGCUUGCCCGAGUACAGAAAGCGAUAGCGAUGGCCUCAGUCGGUCUCCAGAUUCUGGGCAUCUUCCUGGCUCUUAUCGGUUGGAUCGGUGACAUUGUCAUCUGCGCGCUCCCCAUGUGGAAGGUGACUGCAUUCAUAGGCAACAACAUUGUGACUGCGCAGACCUUCUGGGAAGGCCUGUGGAUGAACUGCGUGAUGCAGAGCACGGGCCAGAUGCAGUGUAAAGUCUACGACUCCAUGCUAGCUCUCCCCCAGGACCUUCAGGCCGCCAGAGCUCUGGUGAUCAUCUCCAUCCUCGUGGCCGUGAUCGGCGUCCUACUCUCUGUGGCCGGGGGGAAGUGCACCAACUGCAUUGAGGACGAGGAGGCCAAGUCCAAGGUGGCCAUCGCAUCCGGCGUGUUCUUCCUGGUCUCCGGCGUCCUUUGCCUGAUCCCCGUGUCCUGGUCCGCCAACACUGUUAUCAGGGACUUUUACAACCCGCUGCUCAUGGACACGCAGAGGCGAGAGCUGGGCGCUUCGCUCUUCAUCGGAUGGGGCUCUGCUGGCCUGAUGCUCAUCGGAGGCGCGCUUCUCUGCUGCCAGUGCCCCAAACGCGAGGAGAGUAGGUACUCCGCCAAAUAUUCUGCCCCUCGCUCCACUGCCUACGUCUGACAGAUCAACACUGAAGUUUUGAUAUGGACGUUUUGUGCAGAAUGAACGAGGGUACAUCUGUUUCACUUCGGUGCACCAGGACAUUUGACAAGGGCCAUUUGAAUAAUUUUUAAUUAAAUGUUUUAUCUUAAUGGAUUUAUUUGCUUUAAUAAAUAUUUUAAUGCUUA